UAAAACUGACAGGAGGUAUAAAAAGCAUUGUGUCGGUGAUAGCGGAGGGACCGCUCGUCAGCUGGGACGCACUGGAGAUGAGUGGCUGGCGUUUGUUAGGUACAGACAGGUCAAAACAUUUGUAGACGGGCCCAACAGUUUUGCAGCCAUGACUUGCAUACACCCCCAGCAUGGAUCGCAGCUCUAUGAGAACAGCUUCAGCAGCUCAGAGCUUCAAAGCCCAGACCUUACCUCCCGACUGCCUGUGGAUAUGAGCAGCCCAGGGGACCAUCUCUCUGCUCCAUCCCUGCCAAGCAUCAGCUCCUUGGUGGGGGACUUGGACACAUAUUCAUGCCAGUUUACUGCUGCACCUGCCUACAUCACUCCAUCAUCAGGCCGGGAUGACCACCAGAUUUACAGCUGCUACCCUGGAACAUUCACAGUGAGUUACCCGGACGAGGCCUUGUCUCCAGGUGGGUCUGAUUACUUCAGCAGCCCUGCAUCCGCCUCAUCUCCUUCAACCCCUGCGUUCCAGAGUCAGCAUGCAUUCACCUGGGAUUCAGCCUUUGGUCCUUACUCACCAAGUCCAGGACACUGGACUACUGAGGAGACCUCAGCGCCACAUGCCCCCUCCUUCUUUACUUUUGGUUCUGCGUCUGUGGACGAUUUGUCUCAUUUGGGUCAACCACGCAUACGAGAGCAGGACCCUUUCACUUUGACCCAUCCUCACCCAUCUGCAUUGACCUUCCCCUCCUUGGUGAUGGAGCAAGCAUGUAGCCUCGAUGGCACCGAGCAGCUGGAUGGUAGCUUAUCGCCCAAGUUAAAAAGUGGAAAUGAGGGCUGCUGUGCUGUGUGUGGGGACAACGCCUCCUGUCAGCACUAUGGGGUUCGCACCUGUGAGGGAUGCAAAGGGUUUUUCAAGCGUACAGUACAAAAAAAUUCCAAGUAUGUUUGCCUUGCAAACAAGGACUGUCUUGUAGACAAGAGGAGGAGGAACCGAUGCCAGUUCUGCCGUUUCCAGAAGUGUCUAGCUGUUGGCAUGGUCAGGGAAGUUGUGAGAACAGAUAGCUUGAAAGGACGACGAGGUCGCCUGCCGUCCAAACCUAGAAUCAUCCAGGACGUGACAUCCACUGUGUCUCCAGUGAGCAUGAUUGCUUCACUUGUGAGGGCUCACAUCAGCUCCAACCCUGGUCCUGGGAAACUGGAUUAUUCCAAGUAUGACGAGACAGAGGACAGUCCGAACCAGAAGGAGGAUGCUAGUGAUAUCAAGCAGUUUUACGAGCUACUCACAGCCUCUAUGGAGGUGAUCAGGAAGUGGGUCAAGAGCAUCCCAGGUUUUUCUGAGUUCUGCUCAGAAGACCAGGAACUACUGUUAGAGUCUGCGUUUGUUGAACUCUUUAUCCUGCGUCUUGCAUAUCGGUCCAAUCCUGACACGGACAAGCUCAUCUUCUGCAACGGGACUGUGCUUCACAAGACGCAGUGUGUCCGAGGCUUUGGGGACUGGAUUACCUCCAUCUUGGAGUUUUCUCAAAGCCUCCACCGCAUGAAGCUCGACGUUUCCUCCUUCUCCUGUCUCACAGCCUUGGUCAUAAUCACCGAUCGACAUGGUCUUAAGGAGCCAAAACGUGUGGAGGACUUACAGAAUCAGCUCAUCACCUGUCUUAAAGAUCACGUCUCCGGAUGCGGCUCCGAAACCUUGAGGCCCAAUUAUUUGUCUCGACUUCUUGGAAAACUGCCUGAGCUCAGGACUCUGUGCACUCAAGGCCUCCAGCGUAUCUUUUACCUUAAAUUAGAAGAUCUUGUUCCUCCACCACCAAUAGUUGAGAAAAUCUUCAUGGAUACGCUUCCGUUUUGAGUGUGAGAUGGGAGAUUGACUAUAUGCAGCAUCAAAGCUGGAGUUCAUUUGAGAGCCAAGAACAACAGACUGAGGGCUCGUGCUUCAGCUCAGAUGAAUAACAACCCUAAUGGAUUAUGCAGCUACAAUCAAAAAGGGCUACUCUUGAACUAUAGAGUGAAUGACUUGUUAAGAACUGUGCUCUCGCCAGAUGGAAUUAGACAGGCCAACUCAUGGACCAAAGGGCAACUGUUUACAGGUGCCAUGAAUUGGACCGUUUCUGGUGGAGGGACUAUGAUUGCACCUUCCAUAUAGUAACAAACUGAAAGAAAUUAUAUUUGCAUUAUCAUCUGAAGAAUGUAAUGAGCAAAACAAGUUUCUCUUUUGUGACAGUGAUUAUUUUAUGAUUUGGAUCACUGUAACUUGCAUAUAAAAUAUUCAGCAAAGUCUUAUUGUGAAUUCUUUAGGCUAAGGAUUAAAAAGUGGUUGGCAUAAUGUUUCUCUUAAAUAGCUUACAUGUUCACAUUAUUUCACAUAACCACUUUGUCAUUCAAGUAGACUUUCUAGCCCCAAAAGUGAAGUUGAUGAUCUCAAACACGAGUGACUCAGAGCUCCAGGCUGCUUUGCCAACAUCUGUAUUUGGUUAUAAGAAAGUAGGUUAAACCUACAGAAUUAUUUGGUAAUAUCAUUCAUGUAUCAUGAAUAGACACUGAGCAGCUAAUAUCCAGUACAGUCUUAUAAACUGGUCCUGCUUGUAAAGCUAAUUGGUGUUAUUGCCACAUUUUUACACAGUCUGGAAAAAUGUAAUGUGCUUUGGGGUAAUCAUUUUUACUUAAUAAAAACUUCUGUUUUACAGCAGCAAAACAUGAAAAACACUGUAGAACUUCAUAUUUUCACCUGCUUUUGUCAUCUCUGCUCAAAACACUUAAAGCAGUGCGGUGAAUGAUGUAGUAUUUGUAGUUGAAGUUAGA